GCAGAACAAAGCCGGCAGAGACUUCUUUUCUCUUCUUUGUCCCAGCCACGGCUGCCACGGCCUCUGCCUCUUGGCACCAUCCCGGGGCACAGGACAAGAUGAAGUGGAAGGCGCUUAUGAUCGUGGCCAUCCUGCAGGCGCAGUUCCCAGUCACAGAUGCACAGAGCUAUGGUCUGCUGGAUCCCAAACUCUGCUACGUAUUGGAUGGGAUCCUCUUCAUCUACGGUGUCAUUGUCACUGCCCUGUUCCUCAGAAUGAAGUUCGGCCGGCGCGCGGACGCCCCAGCGGAGCCGCAGGGCGGGGGCCUACUCUACCAAGAGCUCAACCUGGGACGAAGAGAGGAGUAUGACGGCAUCGCGGAUAAGAGACGAGCCCGGGACCCGGAGAUGGGAGGGAAACAGCAGAGGAGGAAGAACCCUCAGGAAGUCGUGUACAAUUCUCUGCAGAAAGACAAGAUGGCAGAAGCCUACAGUGAGAUUAGGGUGAAAGGCGAGAACCAGCGGCGGAGAGGCAAGGGGCACGAUGACCUUUACCAGGGGCUCAGCUCAGCCACCAAGGACACCUACGAUGCCCUCCACAUGCAGCCCCUGCCUCCCCGCUAACAGCACAGAGGAUUUCACCACUCACAGGCCAGACCUGCAGCUGCCCAGAUUGUUAAAGACACAGGAUAAAGCAUUUACAACCCAGUUCACUCACAUUUCUCUACCACCAAAGAAUUUCUCUCUGUAAACAGGAUGCUUCCAGUUGUAACAUUUGGUCAUAUCCAAUUUCAAACCAUCAGACAGAAUAUUGUCCCUGGACCCUGUGAGGGAGUGCGUCCCCCAGGAUAAUGCCCUGACCUUGAGGAGCCUGUUGUGAGCACAGCAUGUUCUUGGGUCUUCUUGUUUGCUGGGGACUGUGGGAGGCCCCUCUCCCAGCGGCUCCAGGCUCUUAACCUGGGGGACAGGCACUGUCCUUCUCACAGCUGACAUACCUCUGUGUUUUACAAAGUCCCCAGAGAAACCCCAAAUAUUAGCGCAUGUCCCAGUAGUCUGUAUUGUUCUGUUAGCAUUUGAGUCGCUUUGCUCCUGCUGUAAAUUUGGCUUCUGUUGUCAACCUACCCCCUCAUUUCAAGGGAACUUGUUAAUCAGGCUGAGGAGGCUGUCGUGUGUCCCCACGAAGGGUCUGGGCGCAAGGCAAGUGGGGAAGAGAGCCUCAGCAGUCGUCCAGCAGCCAGAGGCAGCUGAAGCAGGGAAGCGGUGGAUAAGGUGUAGGAGCAGGGGGGCUGUUGUGGGGGCUCAGGGGGACAGGAAGGGGCCCGCCUCAGUCAAGCACACAUUCCUCAUCACAGAACCUGUGUGCCCGGCACUGUGGGGACCGUAGGAUACCCCAGCCUGUCCUUCCCCUCCCGGAGCGCACAUUAUCAUAGGGGAGGCGGGUUAUGACAAACUGGUAUAAAGAACACAGACAGUGUCACGUCAGAGCAUGAAUGAAGCGUGGGGGGAGGGAGGGAAGGGGCAAAACCACAUUCUUUCCAGGCACGUGGUCACCUCACACUCCGAGUGAAAGACAAACUCAUUGUGUGAUGGCCUCAAAGGCAGACUUGGCACCACUCAGACCUAUAAAGAUCCCAAAGAAAGCAGCAGGGCGGGGAGGACCUCCACUGACUUCUGGAACAUGGCUGUGUAAUUCCAGGGCACGUGGCCUGGAUGGAAACUGCCUCUGCUCUGCCUGGUUUUAAUUUAUACUGUUUGCUAAAGCCUUACUCUCUUGCAUAAUAAAUGCUUCAGUGAAAUGCUA